UUACUUAAGGGCGGAAAUGGCGUCCCGUUCCUCUUUGAAAGUGUCCCAAUGCAGGCGCCGCCAUCUUGGAUGCGGGUUGCUAAGGAAGCUGUCGCCCUUGGUGACAAUAAACAAAAGGCGAUCCGCAAGAGAAGGGGCGGGGACGCGUGGCUUGCCUGGGACCUCGGACUCCUGGGUCCUUGGGGCGGGCAGAUGGAGGGGGAGCUGACUAGGAUCGCUGAGUCUCCUUGUCUCUUUAUGAUUCUGGUUUUAAUGCAGAUAGUAUAUAUAGAAAUUAUUAUAAUAUUUUAUAUAGAUACACAUAAAUAGGUUAUGUUAAUAUAUGUAAAUGCAGGGAAGCUACUUAACACAUGAUCAUUGGACCAACUUCUAUAGAUUUGCAUUUUGGAUGAAGUAAAAUAGAAAAGCGAAUAACUGGGCCAUCAUUUUCCUUUCGAGGGGUGAUGCAAACCUGCUCGUGCCAGAUCUGCCAGGCACAGAUCUGACUGCUUGGCUAUGUACACAUGGACAGUUUUGAUUUAAGCACUCUUAACGCCUCUCUGCAGUGUUACUUUAUUUACAUUUCAAUCCUGUCCUUCUUCCAAGGAACUCAGGGCAACGUCCCCUCUUGUUUUAUCCUAUUCUUUUGAUAUUAGAAAUCAGGAGGUCGACUUACAUUCAGAGUCCUGUUCCUUUCAAGUAAAUGCAGGUAUAACCUGUAAUUAUCCUCUGCUUUUGAAGGGGGUCAUCUUAAAUCCAGAGUCCUAUUCACGUAAAUAUGGGUAGAUGACAGCAUGCACACAUUUUGCAUUUUUAUACACAACAGCCCUGUGAGGUAGGCUAGGCUGAAGAGUGUGUCUGGCAUGAGGUCACUCAGUGAACUUCAUGACUGUGUGAGGAUUCCCAACCUGGGUCUCCCAAGGCCUAGCCUGACACUCAACUCAUACACCAUGUGGCUUUAUGUCACGUUAGUUCUUGAUAGAGGCAAGAAUUCUACAGGCAAAGCUUGCUCCAUCUCUUUCUCAUGGCGGCAGGGAUGAGGUGGGGGGGGCACAGUAUCUUUUGAGUUCCUGCCUGAGAUCCAGUUGCAGUUAAAGGCAAUGAUGGAGCCCUGCCAGAGAAAAGGUGGUUUAGGUUUAACUAAUGGUGCUGUAUGUUUUCCCAUUUCGUAGGGCUCAUCCUCUCUCUUGAAGAGUUCUGUGUGCCUUGGAAGCUCGCUGUCAUGCUGGCUCCUCCAGGAAAUGGAGGAAACGGUUGUCGAAACAGUGUGUUUGUGUGCGUGAAGUACUUUGGGCAGCAGGAAGUCUGUACUGUUCACGGAGGGCACUGCUGCUGCCAUGGGGGAGAUUCGCAGACAGUGCCAGCCCCUUAUCUUCUGUAGUGCUGAGGUAGGCUCCCCCUGCCCCCACCUGGCACCAGACGGACCUUGGACUCAGUCAAUGGCUCACCCUCCCUUACCCCCCCUCACCCCGCCCUCAGCAACCCUGGUUAGUUCCUCAAGUUAAAACUGCUGUCCCGACAGCUCCAUUCUCUUGACUCUUCAGCUGGCCUUAGGGGCAGGCUGACAGAUCUGCCGGAGGGAACUCGGCCGGAACCGUAAUGGCCAGGACCUCGGAGUACGAGGUGACCCCCCAGGAUGAUCAGCCCGCCGCGACGGUACCCAAUGGGACCUCGCCGUCCUCUGGCCAGCCCCCUGAAGACUCCAUGAAGCUGAAGAAGGAGAUCUCGCUUCUCAACGGCGUCUGCUUAAUCGUGGGCAACAUGAUUGGCUCGGGCAUUUUUGUCUCGCCCAAAGGCGUACUGAUGUACAGUGACUCUUACGGCCUCUCCCUCACCAUCUGGGCCGUGGGGGGCCUCUUCUCGGUUUUUGGGGCUCUCUGCUACGCGGAACUGGGCACCACCAUCAAAAAGUCGGGGGCCAGCUAUGCCUACAUUUUGGAGGCUUUCGGGGAGCUGCCUGCCUUCAUCCGCCUCUGGACGUCCCUCCUCAUCAUUGAACCCACCAGCCAAGCCGUCAUUGCCAUCACCUUUGCCAAUUACCUGGUGCAGCCCAUUUUCCCUUCCUGCGAAGCACCUUACCUGGCUGGACGUCUCUUGGCCGCCGCCUGCAUCUGCUUACUCACUUUUGUCAACUGCGCGUAUGUGAAAUGGGGCACCCGAGUGCAGGAUCUGUCCACCUAUGCAAAGGUGCUGGCUCUCAUUGCUGUGAUCAUCGCUGGCAUCGUCUGUCUCGGACAAGGACGUUCUGAGAACUUUGUUGAUGCUUUCGAAGGGUCCUCCUGGCAGGCAGGGAGCAUUGCGUUGGCGCUUUACUCGGCACUUUUCUCCUACUCUGGAUGGGACACACUCAAUUUUGUCACUGAAGAAAUAAAGAACCCUGAAAGGAACCUGCCCCUCUCCAUCGGCAUCUCCAUGCCGAUCGUCACAGUGAUCUACAUCAUGACCAAUGUGGCCUAUUACACCGUGCUGAGCAAGACGGACAUACUGAGCAGUGACGCAGUGGCUGUGACGUUUGCCGAUCAAGUGUUUGGAGUGAUGAACUGGACCGUCCCCCUCGCGGUCGCGCUCUCCUGCUUUGGAGGCCUCAAUGCUUCCAUCUUGGCCGCAUCCAGGUUGUUCUUUGUUGGCUCCCGCGAGGGGCACCUGCCCGACGCCAUCUGCAUGAUCCACGUCCAGCGGUUCACACCUGUGCCAGCCCUGCUCUUUAAUGGCGCCAUGGCCUUGAUCUACCUGUGUGUAGAAGACAUCUUCCAGCUUAUCAAUUACUACAGCUUCAGCUACUGGUUCUUCGUGGGCCUGUCCAUCGCGGGACAACUCUAUCUGCGCUGGAAGGAGCCGCUGAGGGAACGUCCCCUCAAGCUCAGCAUCGUCUUCCCAAUCAUCUUCUGCCUCUGCACCAUCUUUCUGGUAGCCGUCCCCCUCUACAGCGAUCCGGUCAAUUCCGCCAUCGGCAUUGCCAUAGCCGCUUCCGGGCUGCCCUUCUACUUCCUGCUGGUGCGGAGGCCAGACCACAAGAGACUGCAGUGGCUGCGCCGGGCAGUGGCUUCUGUGACGCGGCUCAUCCAAAUCGUAACCUUGUCCGUCCUAACGGAGAUGGAUCCUGACACCGCAGUCAAGUCUCAGUGACAAGAGAUGCUGGCGGGGGAGGCCGGAUUCUCCCCUACUGACGACUCCUUUUUGUAAUGGACUCUCCCGGACCCUCUAAUUUAUUGUUUGCUACUUUGCUGGAACUGGGGGUGGCUGCUGCAGAAACCGAGGGGUGGUCCUGCCUUCUCACCUGGUGGACCGGGGGACUCCAGCCUGGCGGCUGCAUCCCAAUAAACUCCACUGGCUUGCCUUGGA